GGGCGACGGGGACCUCCGAGUGCGCAGAGCCCCGCGCGGAGCCCCACCCAGAGCGGUGCGGGCCAGCGCCUGGCGUGCACACCCAGCGUGGUGGCGGGGCGGCGAGGGCACCGUGGGGCCCGGGGCCUGCAGCCCAGCCUCACGCCGCCUAUCGGGGCGACUACGGGUACGGGGCACUGCUGCGCCGGAAGCAUCCUGCUGCUGCUCGUCCUCUACUUCAAAUUCCAGCGGCUCCGCAGCCCCGCUUCGCCGGGCGCCUCCUGCUCAUCGUUAGCCUCCGCCACCUGCUGCCUUCCGUUCUCGCGGCCGCGGUGGCUUUCGCGCCCCACAGAGGGGCGGCGCGGAUGGUGCGUGAGACGGCUUCAUCAGCAGCCUGUCGGAGAAGGGUUCCAGUCACAAAAGCACGUGUGACACGUUGUGACAUUCGCUGCUAAGAUGAAACGCCGACGUGAGAUCCACAUACUUGCUGUAGUGUUCUCAGGUGUGAUUGGAUGUACUUCAGCAGGGUUUUAUGCUGCUGACCUGUAAGGAAAAAAAGAUACUAAAAAGGGUAACAAACACCCAGGACCUGCACCCUCGGUACUCUGGGGUGAUCUGGAACAGUGCAAGGAGCGGUUUCAUUCCAGCAUCUUCGCACCUCAUCUGAGCCCUCAGCCUAGCCUCAUGCACAUUUCCUUCCCUGGAAGUUGUCACCAGAUGUCUGAUGUUCCAGGAUGGCCAGCAGUCUCCCAGCAGAGUUUGAUGUGAUCGUGUUAGGGACCGGUUUGCCUGAAUCCAUCCUUGCAGCCGCGUGUUCCAGAAGUGGUCGUCGGGUUCUGCAUCUCGAUUCAAGAAGUUACUAUGGAGGAAACUGGGCUAGUUUCAGCUUUUCAGGAUUGCUCUCCUGGGUGAAGGAAUAUCAGCAAAACGGUGACCCUGAGGAAGAAAGUCCUGCUUCAUGGCAAGACCUGAUCCAUGAAACAGAAGAAGCCAUCGCUCUUCAAAGGAAGGAUGAAACCAUUCAACACCCAGAAGUUUUUUGUUACGCCAGUCAGGAUGUGGAUGACAGCCCUGAAGAGAUUGAUGUUCUGCAGAAAAAUCUUUCCUGGCUGGCACCUGGCACCCUCAUUAAACCUCAGGACUCUGCAAGCUUGUCUGGAGAAACACCCUCGUACGUCACUGGCUCUGAAACGCCUGCCAGAGACACUCCAGAAAAUGGUGGAGAAAUGACUGAUAGAGCGGAAACCCUGGUGACGGAAGACUAUGGUGGGGGUGAAACCUGUAAACACACAGUUUCAGGUGGCGCUAAAGACGGCGUCAGACCUGUAUUGGAAGACCACAGCGAUCCGCCAAAGAGAAAGAGGAUUACCUACGCUCAAAUAGUGAAAGAAAGCAGGAGGUUUAAUAUUGAUUUGGUAUCAAAACUGCUUUAUUCUCAGGGAUUGCUGAUUGAUCUUUUAAUCAAAUCCAAUGUUAGUCGUUACGCAGAAUUUAAAAAUGUCACCAGGAUUCUUGUGUUUCGAGAAGGCAAAGUGGAACAGGUGCCUUGCUCGCGAGCAGACGUCUUUAAUAGCAAAGCGCUCACUAUGGUUGAAAAGAGGGUGCUGAUGAAAUUUCUUACAUUUUGUUUAGACUAUGAGCGUCAUCCUGAUGAAUACCAAGAUUUCACGCAGUGCUCAUUUUCCGAGUACUUAAAAGCCAAAAAAUUAACCCCCAGCCUCCAACAUUUUGUCCUGCACUCAAUCGCAAUGACCUCGGAGUCGUCUUGCACUACAAUAGAUGGCCUUAAAGCCACCAAAAACUUUCUUCAGUGUCUUGGACGGUUUGGCAACACUCCCUUUUUAUUCCCCUUGUAUGGCCAAGGAGAAGUGCCCCAGUGUUUCUGCAGGAUGUGUGCGGUUUUCGGUGGAAUCUAUUGUCUUCGUCAUAAAGUGCAAUGCCUUGUAGUUGACAAAGAAUCCGGAAGAUGUAAGGCCAUCAUAGAUCACUUGGGUCAGAGAAUAAACGCGACCUAUUUCAUCGUGGAGGAUAGUUACCUUUCCGAGGAGACAUGCUCCCGUGUGCGGUACAAGCAGAUCUCCCGGGCCGUGCUGAUCACGGACGGCUCGGUGCUGAGGGCAGAUUCCGAGCCGCCGAUCUCCGUCCUGAUGGUGCCUCCGGCGGAGCCGGGAGCGAGCGCCGUCCGCGUCACCGAACUGGGUUCUUCCACCAGGACCUGCAUGAAGGACACCUGGCUGGUGCAUCUGACCUGUUCGUCUUCCAGAACAGCAAGAGAAGACUUGGAGUCGGUGGUGAAGCAGUUAUUCACCCCGUACGCUGACCCAGAAAUAGACCAGGAAGAGCUUCGGAAGCCAAGGCUCCUGUGGGCCCUUUAUUUUAACAUGAGAGAUUCCUCCGGCGUCGGCAGAAGCGCGUAUAACCGGCUGCCUUCCAACGUGUACGUCUGUGCCGGGCCCGACGCGGGGCUGGGCAGUGAACUCGCCGUCAAGCAGGCCGAAACGCUCUUCCAGGAGCUCUUUCCAAGUGAGGAAUUCUGCCCCCCGCCGCCACAUCCGGAAGACGUUUACUUCGAUGGUGGCGACAAGCAGCCAGCACCCCCGGGAGCCGAGAAUGGCAUCACGGCCACCCUAGACUUCUCUGGGGAGAGCAAACCCGCAGAAAGCCCAGGAACACACCUUCAAAGUUAGGAAAAAAGCAACCUGGAAAUGCUACUUUGGGCCUUUGUCCUAGCAUCAGAAUAGUUCUCCUUGAAGGAGCGUUUUCUCUGUGCGUAAGGGAAGUGAUUCUGUCAUGAAUGCUUCGUGGAGCUUCUCUGCAGUUCUCUGGAGAGGUUCAGGCGUCAGGUGUCUUUGUCAGUCGCUGGGUAACUGAUUUAUGGUUGUUGGACCUCGUUUUGUUUCAGGAUGGGCACCAUGACCCAGGAUCUGAAACAGGGUUACCGUGAUUUUCUUGGGAGUAUGGCUGAGGGUUCCAUCUUAGCAGUGGUGCUUCAAGGAAGGAGAUGGGCUUCAGAUUUUAUUAUUGGCUACAGAACAGUAACAUCUAAAGGAUGCUUCAGUUACUUUUGUAGCUGUUACAGUUGCUACCGCCUCAAAGAGUGAAACAUACAGAGGGCAUUAUGUGGCUCUUUUGUUCAUAAUAAAAACAUAGACGUGGUGGCAGCGUUUGCAACUAAUGCAAGUGCCAAUAUGACCAAUAGGUCUGUCUGUAAUUGUUGGGAGAAUAGCUUUGCCUGGUUCUUGGUUUGUGAAGGUGGCAGUGUGAUUCUCCUACUUGAGGGACCCUGGUAACCAGUAAGGUUGCCCCUGCAGUCUUCAACAUUGCGCAAGAGUCAGAGUUCAGUCAGUAGUCAGCUCUUUCUUGGAAGGUUCAGGCCAAGGAAAAUCUAGGGCAAGAGAUUAGUUCUGGUGUAAUACUUUAGGAAAUUUCUGCAGAGCACUGCCCUGGCACCUCAAAGCAAAGAACUUCUCAGUAAUCCAGCCUAAAAGGAAAAACAACUUGCUCUAGGAAAAGAUAUUUCAGCCGCCGGUCCUUAGAUCCUGAAGGAGAAACUGAAUGGAGCGGUUUUCACUGGGGAUUACAGAUGGUUUUUGAAAUCUGUCAGUGGAUUUCCCAGGGGUUCUCAGUGCAGGUGGCCCUCAGCACCUUCUGGGCUCCCCGCUUUGAUCAGCAGCACGGCGGGAGGGUUGACCACGCCUCUUUGGUGGAGCCCACCCCCCAGACCAGGACUUAACCCCCUGUGGAAUCAGCGUCUGCCUCUCAGCUGUUCUCGAGGGGAUGGAAGCAUUUUUUUUCCAGAGCCACCACAAGUCACAAAGCUGGUUGUCCGCCAGCGGUGGCAGAGCCCGAGGAGCUGUUAGAGGAGUGAACGGCCUUCCCUUCCAGCCCCCAGUCCCCCGGGGGACGGUAAUCCUGUGGGAAGCGAGCCCUUUAGUCCCGGUCUUUGUCCUGGAGGAGCAUUUACCGUGGAUUUAGCGUCCUCUCUCCUUGCAGCUGCUCAGCAGCCCUGGGAGGCAGGUACAUUUCUGAAGAGGAAGGAAAGACUUCAUAACUCUUUUUUUUUUUUU